CGCUGAAACGGGCAUCUAACGUCAAAGCAGCUGGCACAAGAGGGAGACGACGGAUUAACGAUCUCUCUCUCUCUCUCUCUCUCUCCUCCCCCUCCCUCCUGUCACUGCCUGGCGUAAGUGGCGUAUUGCACCGUUUCUGUCAAACUCGGAACAAAAAGGGGUGAAAGGCCCGUGAGUUGCGAGCCAGUGAAAGUUUGCGCGUAGGGUGGGGCUUCUUUUGCGGGAAUUUCGUGGGUUAUCGGCGACCGCGAGGAUGAUGAAUUGAUCGACCCCACCAUCUCUCCGUCUCGUAGCAAUUAUAGUCGAGUUAUAUCUCCUCGUAGACGAUUUAUCGCCCGUGAAUUCGAUCGGCUUCGGGGAAGAAGACGGCCAUGGAGGACGACCUGCCGACCGAAUACGACGUGGUCGUCGUAGGAACAGGUAUGACCGAGUCCAUCGUCGCCGCGGCGGCAAGCAGGAUCGGCAAGAAGGUUCUGCACCUUGACAGCAAUGAAUAUUAUGGAGGUCUUUGGGCUACAUUUAAUUUUGAUGGCUUACAAAAAUGGAUAGAAGAUUUAAAAACAGCUAAGAAUAACAUUAGAAAUACAAAUGUUGAUUUGAAAGCUGGUGAAAAAUUUUUAAAGGCUAGUGAUCAAUAUUCUAUGGUCGAGAAUAUUGGAGAAACGUGGUAUAUUUUCAAUGAUGCAGAUUUACCUGAUGUUUCCUCGAAAGAUACCCAAACUGAGAGUUCUGGAGAUAGUGCUGCAGCCGAAAGUGAAAAGACUGAUCAAGAUAAGGCUGACAAGAAGGAAAAUGUGAAACAAUGGAGCAUAGACCGUAUAAAAAAAGAAUAUAGAAGAUUUAAUAUUGAUCUGGCACCUAAACUAUUAUUCGCCCGUGGUGAAUUAGUAGAACUAUUAAUUUCUAGCAACAUUGCACGUUAUGCCGAAUUUCGUGCAGUUUCUAGAGUUGCUACUUAUAUGGACGGUAAACUUACGCAAGUCCCUUGCUCUCGAGCUGAUGUAUUUGCGAAUAAAACUGUCAGCGUGGUCGAGAAGAGAAUGUUGAUGCAACUUCUGACAUCUUGUAUGGAACAAGGUGCCGAUAGUCCAGAGUUUGAUGGUUUCCGUGAUAAAACAUUCUUAGAGUAUCUUAAUACGAAAAAUCUUACGCCUAUAGUACAGCAUUAUGUUGUACAAGCUAUCGCAAUGGCGACAGACAAAACUUCAUGUAGAGAUGGUGUUGAUCGUACAAAACAUUUUCUCAACAGUCUUGGACGUUAUGGAAAUACACCCUUCUUAUGGCCUAUGUAUGGAAGUGGGGAGCUGCCUCAAUGCUUUUGCAGACUAUGUGCAGUCUUUGGCGGAGUUUAUUGUUUAAAAAGACAAUUAGAUGGCGUGAUAGUUAAUGAGGAUAAAUGCAAAGCUAUUAUUACUGGAAAACAGCGAUUAGCUUUGGAACAUUUAGUUGUAGGGCAAGGACACUUGCCACCAGAAAUUGUAGCCUCCGAGGGAGAAAAUCAAAUUUCACGCGGCAUUUUUAUUACCGAUAGGUCAAUUAUGCAAGGCGAAAAAGAAAGUCUAACUCUUUUGUACUAUCCACCAGAAGAACAAGGACAAGAACCUGUUACUCUAAUUGAAUUGGGACCAUCUACCAAUGCUUGUCCUCAAGGAUUGUUCAUGGUUCAUAUGACAUGUAAACGUACUAAGAAUGCAAAGGAAGAUCUAGCAUAUGUCGUGACUAAGUUCCUGAGAGCUGAACCACUUGAUUUAGCUAAUGCUGUACGUAAUUUUUCUGAUUCUCAUAUACAAACGGUUUCUCCUGAUAAACGACAUCUUCAGGUUGAUCAACGAGAAAAGGAAGAAAGUGAAUAUCCACUACCUCAAAUAUUAUGGUCCUUGUAUCUAAAUUUACCUGCAAGCGAUAUUAAAUUAAGCGACUCUGCACCGAGCAACAUACACUUAUGUUCUGGACCAGACCUUGAACUUGAUUUCGAUUUUGCUGUGAAUCAGGCCAAGAGUAUUUUUGAAUCUAUGUACCCAGAUGAAGAUUUCUUACCACGUGCACCUGAUCCAGAGGAAAGUUUGGAAGGUGAUGAAACACCAGGUCCAAAAUUCGAGGGUGGUGAACCUGCAGAGGGUGAAGAAAAACAAGACGUUGAAAAAGCUGAAAAAGAAGAAUGAAUAAAUUAUACAAUGCUUUUGCGUCUCCAAUAUCGAAGAGAAAAUAAGGCUUUUCCGCCUUUAGUGUCUUUUAUCUUUAUCGUUAUUGCAUUUCCGUAUAAAAAUAUAAAUUAAACAUAUUAAAAAAAAAAACGAAAAAUUACAAUCAUGAGAUACUAUGCGAGACAGUAAUAACGAAGAGAAAUUUCACGAUAUCAAUCUUAUUUUGAGUUAUUUAUACACGUUACUUUUCGUCUAUUUAAAAUAUUUUUAUCGUCAAAUUACGUGUUUCCGAUUUAUCUCACGUCAAUAUAGAUAUUUUCGAAUUUACAUUUUAAAUAUGAGCAGGUAGUAUUAUGCUUUUGCAAGGACACAGACUCGUUAGGAGAGCACAAAUGCGUUUACCAAAAUAAAUAUAAAUUUAUCACAUAGUUAUUAGGUUCAUAUCUUAAUGUUUAAUAUCUUAUAAGUUUUAUAUAUAUAUAUAUAUAUAUAUAUAUAUAUAUAUAUAUUAAUUUUUUGUACAAUUGAACAAUACGUAAAAAAUUCAAAUGCAUUUUGAGAUCCAUUCUAAGUAGACAUAGCGCUUGUAAUCAUUAGAUUCAAGAUAUGCAUACUCUAUAGAUCAUAUAACAAUAUUGGCAGCAAUGAUAAAAAUACAAAAAUAUGGCGUCACGCUUUUAUACUUCAAUAGAUAUUAAUAGUACACUGCAAUUGAUAUAUAAUGUAUUGUAUGUGCACGCGAGUCAUUUAGAUAAUCGUCAUUAUGUAUUGGGGUUGAUAGUUUGUAUUAUGUGCAUUAUACAUAAAUGGAUAUGUUAUCUUCAAUGCACUUGUCAUUUGUUGAUAUAUCUGUAAUAAAAAGUGCGCAAUCUACAUUCGGUUGAAAUGAAUAAUUGUUAAUAAUUUAGUGCACAAUUUUUUUAAUACAUUAUGUUGUAAUAAAUAAUUUUUUCAAUGAUUUUAUGAACGAAAAAAAAGAACAGCAUCGAUUAUUUUAUCGAAUUUAAUUGGUUUAUAACGUGGUUGUACUCGUCCAACGUGUUUGUGACUUAAAUAAGAUGUAAUUUAAAAUGGUU